GUCCCGCCCCCAGAGUCAGCAGAGAUGGGGAUGAGAUUCGAGUGCACUGCUGGCUUGAGCGAAGCACUUUUGGGAGGGCUUCACUGGCACUUUAUAUAGCAAAUUUGCUAAAAUUCAGCGUUGCAUGCUCCGUGGAGAGUUUACGUUAUUAGAAGUUUUAAAUAUAGACUACGCACGAAUAAGCUGAGCGAUUACUUUGUCCAGCCGUGUCUUCGGAGAAAUAAAAAUGGAGGUCCAUGAAAGCUCGGAAGGGGAGAGCAUUUUGGAUUUGUCCAGGCUUAAUCUGGAAACUCUCAGCUUCGAUCAUUUGAGCGAGGAGAAGAAAAAAGAGACGCAAAUGCUCUUUCUCCCUUACAACCGACUCACAGUGUUGCCUGGCUGUAUAAGCCUUUUUUCCAGUCUCAGCUGGCUGGACGUCAGCAACAACGGACUGGCCUUCAUUUGCGAUGAUAUCCUACGUCUCUCCAAUCUCAAGACCUUCGUCGCCAAAAACAACCGCUUGGACGAGUCAUCCUUGCCCAAAGACUUAGGAACUAUGUCCUUGGAGGUUGUCAACUUCAGUGGGAACCGCUUCGAGGAGUUCCCUCACCAGUUUUUGCAACUGCACACACUACAGUCCAUCUCCCUCGGAGGCAACAGACUGAAAGGCAUCCCUCCGGAAAUCGAAAACCUGACCAGCCUGGAGCUUCUGUACUUGGGAGGCAACAACAUCACCUCCAUUCCUCCAGAACUGGCAAACCUUCCCAAACUGAGCUACCUGGUGCUUUGUGACAACAGAAUACAGAGCAUCCCUCCUCAACUUGCACAGUUGCAUUCACUGCGUUCCCUGAGCCUUCAUAACAACCUUCUCACUUAUCUUCCUCGAGAGAUUGUCAGCUUGGUACACCUCCAAGAGCUUAGUCUACGUGGAAAUCCACUUGUUGUUCGGUUUGUUAAGGAUCUGACCUAUGACCCUCCCUCACUCCUUGAGCUUGCAGGACGUACUGUUAAAUCCAGAAAUAUUCCUUACUUUGCUGAGGACCUACCAGAUAACCUGAUCACAUAUCUGGAUUUGGCUAGCAAGUGCCCCAACCCCAAGUGUGGAGGUGUCUACUUUGAUUCAUGUGUUCGGCAUAUCAAAUUUGUGGAUUUCUGUGGCAAAUAUCGCCUCCCUUUGAUGCACUACCUAUGCUCCCCCGAGUGCAGUUCUCCAUGCAGCUCAAGCUCUCAAAGUGAUGCUGACUCUGAAGAUGAGAGCAGUGUACCAGUGCACAGAUUGCAAAAGGUUCUGCUUGGCUAGAUGUAUAGAUGUAUAAAUUAUUAAACUAAAUUAACAAGACUGAUUUCCAGACCGGAAGCAAUAUAAGUGAUGAAAUACAGACCUAGAUCUGAGGAGCAUUUUUCAGUGGUAUGCAAGUCUUUGAACAACUGAUUUUCCUCUGUCUAUUAAGGCACUGCAAAUAAAGAGACACGACCUGGGAGUAGACACACCUUAUAAUGAAGGCUCAUUAAAUAAGAUUUGACACUUCUUUCUGUCACAAUUAUUUUGUUUGAAUAAAAUGCUGCUGUUUAAGAUUAUAUGCAAGGGAUUUGGUGCAAAGUAAGCAAAUCUGAAGUGUACAGUACACGUUUAUACUAUGUGCAUUAUAAAAGUACUGUAUAUCUAAUAUGCGUGUCAUAUAUCAUGGUAUUUUUUUUUAAAUCGUAUCCACUUGAAGUUCAGCUUCUAAGUGCCUUCAGAUUAAAGAUCCACAUGCUGUCUGAACCGUCUUCAGCUUCAACAUUGUGAUUUGCAAUGUUGGCACUGAACAUGUGUUUUCAAGGUGAGGCUUUUGAGCCUCGAGUGUUGUAACUUCUCCUUCUAAAUAGCUGGUCAUUGAGUUUGCAACAAUGGUGACUUCUUACAUUUUCUCUCUCAGCACGGAAGGGGUUUUCAGACUUCCCUGAAAAUGUAGAUUUUUGCAUAGACAAGUUUGGCAGGUACUAAUUUUUGCUUUUAAUGCAAUUGAAAAACCUGUUCAACUAGUAUUUUGGUCAAAGUAGCAAUGUAAAGAUUUCUUCUAAAAGUUAAUUGUACACCUCAUGAUUGAUUUUUUACAACCGUUUGACAGUGGUUAGAAAGAAUUAAAUUGUGUGUCUUUGCAUUAAAUUUUAAUGCAUAUCAAAUGCUACCAGUUGUAUUUAGUUCAGAUGUCAUCAAAAUUUUGUUUGUGAUCCUGAUUAAAUAUUUAAUCUCAUGAAGUUGUAUAAAUCCAAAUUUAUUUUGGAUGGUAUUGUGAAAUCUCUGCUGAAUCGUGCCAUACAAAGUGGUGAGCACAGGCCUCGUGCCCUGAUCUAAUCACCAGAGACCUCAUUUAUAAAGCUUACAUAUGCACAGAAAGAGGCUUAAUGUGCAUAUGCAACUUCCCACACAAACGUUGGGAUUUAUAGAAGAAAACAGGACAGGGGAACAUCCAUAUAUUUACACCAUCUCAUACCUGUGUGUAUGCAACAUUUCGGAGUAACUGAGAAAUGACACCCUUGAUGAUGUAGGGAAAUACAGCCAAACCAGCUAAAUGACGACUCAUAUAAUUCAUAUCACCUUUUUAUUAUAAUGUGUGUUGACAUGACAAACCUAUUCAUCACUUUUGAGGUGUAAUGGGAUGCACAGACUGUAUUUUAGUUCCCUUUUAAAAAGGCCAAUGCUGUCUUUCCGCUGAUGUAUUUUAGGUAAAAAAAAUUUUUUUUUUUGGUUUUUCAUCAGUUUAUAUCAGCCACAUGUUUUCACUUCUCAGGAAACUGGCUGACCAGUCAGGAACAUCUCAGCCAAGCUUCACUCCAUCAUGUCCACUGGGCUGGAAGCCAUUAGCCGACUGUGGAAUUACUACAUCCAGUUUUCAUAUGGUGUGGGUGUACGUACAUAAAACACUGCCUGUUUUCGUCAAUAUAAAAAGGCAGUUUGCUGUUGUGGCCGGUUCUCCUAACGUAAUCGGAGCAUUUUACUGCCCUUGUACUGCAAUAAGGGCACCCAUCGAGAAUGAAGCUGAUUUUUGUUAACUGUGAAUAGUGACAUUCAGUUAACACACAAGUCAUUAGUGGUGCCAAAAUUAGAUUAACAAAUGUCCUGGAUCAGUGGCCUGAGGCAAUGGAGCUUUGACAGAUAUGAUGGUACUUCACAUGGUGUCUGGCUUGUUUGCAUGGUCACUGGACCCAACGCUUAGUGUUUCAUAUGGCCAUUCUAUUUAUUGUUACAGCAAUCACACCCUUUCAUGUGCCAGCUAAUAGUGAGUACCUGCUAGACACUGACACCUUUCACUGACCACGUCCCCAUCCAAAAAAAAUGCGUAGGUGAGGCGCUAUAAUGCUGCACAUGAUCUUAAGCUAGCACGGCCUGAUACUCCUGAAUGCAGGUGGCAGGGUCUUGAUGUGUCAGGUGGGAGGCUGCUCUACUGGCCAAUGAAACUGCAGCAUUGUGAUUGCAUACUGUAUGUGUGAGGCUAACUAGCAUGCUCCAUAUAUGGAUGUUUCAGGGCAGGGUUCAAGGUAUGCCCACUAGAUGAUUUAUCAAGGGUAAAUUGCAUAGAAUUCUACGCAUGUGAGGUUUUAUAGAUCUGAUUUGUUGCCGUAUGCAAAUUUUCAUGCUCAGAUCCACGCAAGGUUUUUAAAUGAGGUCCUCGAACAAGAAAAGCCUGAAAAAUUGCACUUUCAGACUAGGUGGUGAUGUAUAGUAAUUGCAACCUUUCUGAUUUGGUAGCAUUUGAUGCAGAUUUAGGUAGCAUCAGUCUGAUUUUUAAACCAAGGGUAGAAAGGCAACAGUAUUGCAAGGAUCUGCUGUUGGAAAACAUUGGAACUACAAGUUACCAUCCGUUCUGGCGGUGUAUUUAUCUUGUAUUCAAAAGGACACUGUAGUAUACAUCAGAUGGAUAAGUGUGAGAAGUAAAGAAUUUAUACAGUGAUAAGAAUGCUUUUAAGUGCUUAGCUUUCUUUGGAAAUGUGUAUUUUAUCUGUACAGAUAGAAAUUAAUAUUU